AUGAAAGAUGCAUCAAGCAGUCCGCUGGCGCCUCUACUGGCAGCUGUAAAUGCAGAGUCGCAGAUCCAUCUGAUCAUCGGAUCUAAUCCUUUGGCAGCAUCACGGUGCGCCAAAAGUUUAGAAGCUGGCGCAAACCCGAUAAUUAUCGCUCCUGAUACUGGCGAUCUCCAUUACGGGCUUACCGAACGCAUUGCUGAUGGUUCAGCACAAUGGAUACGUCGAGAUUUUCAAGAUGACGACUUGAGGCAGUUAGGGCGAGAGGAGGUCGAUCAUGUUGUGGACAUGGUUUUUGUCACUCUGGGGGUAUCCCAUCCGCUUAGUGUCCACAUUUCGAAACUGUGUCGGCGUCUGAGGAUUCCGGUGAAUGUGUCAGAUGCACCUGACCUUUGUACAUUCACUUUACUUUCAACCUACUCAGAUGGACCGCUCCACAUUGGUAUCACAACCUCCGGACGGGGCUGCAAGCUGGCUUCUCGCUUACGGAGAGAAAUCGCUGCGUCACUGCCGUCUAAUCUCGGAUCUGCCAUCGACCGAUUAGGAUCAGUGAGAAAGCGUCUCUGGGCUGAGGACCAUGCUCCCGGUACGCAUGACGCCUCCCUUGAGGGAGACGAAGACGAUUCCAGUGGUCAAACCCACACAUUCAACACCUUAGUGAAAGAGGAUGAUGCUGAGGCAGCCAAAACAAGGCGAAUACGGUGGCUUUCUCAGAUCUGCGAGUACUGGCCUCUUCGCAAGCUAGCUGACAUCAGCGACUCCGAUAUUGACGCGAUUCUCAAGGCCUAUUCUUACAGCACGACCCAUGAAGCGGAUGGCAGUAACGGCCUUGAAACAUCAACUCGAAAGGGCAGAAUUGUUCUGGCCGGGUCAGGUCCGGGCCAUCCUGAUCUACUCACUCGGGCGACCUAUCAAGCCAUUCAAAGUGCUGAUAUCAUCUUGGCCGACAAACUUGUCCCCGCAACUGUUCUUGAAGUCAUCCCUCGCCGGACUGAAGUGCACAUCGCGCGGAAAUUCCCUGGAAAUGCAGAUCAAGCGCAAGAAGAGUUUCUGCAGAUGGGAUUGCAGGCUCUGCGCAAAGGGCAACACGUCCUGCGACUGAAACAAGGUGACCCUUAUCUAUACGGACGAGGGGCGGAGGAGUUUGAGUUCUUCCAGAGACAAGGAUACGCUCCGAUUGUCUUACCUGGUAUCACCAGCGCGCUGAGCGCUCCACUGUUCGCUGACAUUCCCGUGACCCACCGUGGGGUGUCCGACCAAGUCCUGGUGUGCACGGGGACUGGAAGGAAGGGUGCCGCACCAGAGCCGCCCAGCUAUGUACCCACCCAGACGGUUGUUUUCCUCAUGGCUCUACACAGGCUCUCGGCACUGGUAGAAUCUCUCACGACCCUUUCCCCGGACGAGAAAGAAUCGCGCCCGCGAACGAUCUGGCCGAAAACGACUCCCUGCGCUAUUAUCGAGCGCGCCUCGUGCCCCGACCAGAGAGUCAUCCGGUCUACGCUCGAGCAUGUAUGCACAGCUUUUGAAACUGAAGGGUCAAGGCCGCCUGGGUUGCUGGUCGUAGGCGCCAGCUGCCACGUUUUGCGCAACCCCAGUGGCCAAAGAUGGGUUGUCGAAGAAGGCUUCCGUGGCUUAGAAGGGCUACGAACCCAGAUUGAUGUCAAUAUGAUGAAUGGAAUGGCCGAGGGUGCUUGA